GUGUACCAGUGUAAACAGUGCAAUGUGUAAUCAAAAAAUGAAAUCCCUCAGAAUGCGAGCAGAUUAUUGGGCAUUUACGACGCUGCUGUUACUAGCAGUGGGAGUGACGGGAGUCCGCGGGGGAUCGUGCCGGGAAGCUUCGCUCUGCUGCAAUGGGCGCGAUUCAUCCUGUGUGGUGCAGAAAGCUCCCGUAAAUGCGAUUAUCGAGGAUUUGAAUGAUAAACCGUGCUACUGCGAUCAUGCCUGUUUGCGGCUUGGGGAUUGCUGUGACGAUUUUAAAGCACAUUGCGGUGUGAUCGAUUGCGUCGUGAGCGAAUGGGAACCGUGGAGCGAGUGCGACACAGCCUGCGGCACCGGCAUGAUGUCACGGACCAGGAUAAUUGAACGUAAACCGCAAAACGGCGGCAAACACUGUCCAUCGCUGGUGCAAAAACGGGGCUGCCAAGGACUUAAAUGUCACAAUCAUCACGACCGGAAGGUACUGCGAGAAACGGCCCUCUUGCUACCGGCAGUCCUUUCAAAGAGCAGACAUGAGAACGACACAAGUGAUAUCCGACGGAAUCUACGGUUGCGUUACAAAAACGCGUACAAACACAACCGGGGCAAUGAGUAUUGUAUAGAGUUCGAGGUAAUCAAGGCAACCAAGGCGUGUCAUAAGGACAAAACAUACAGUGCUCUGGCCGAAGGAGACCGGGUAAUAGUUCGCUGCGAUUUGGAGGCACUGCAUGAGGACAAAUCGGCAUCUUCGUCGCACGAUUCCGAAAUCUCCAACAACUCAAUCCAGGAAGAUGAUGCUGGCGAGCAGAAGAGUAUGGAGAAGAAGCCAAAGUUUCGCUGCCGAGGUGAGGGCGUCACCGGGCGGACUACUCGCUUUAGCAGUCUAGCUCUUCCGUCGUGUCGAGGCAAAUGGAUGCGUGUGACGACCAAGCAAUUGAAAAAAUGUUCUUCUGUCGAGGCAGCGUAUAUAUUCGUCUAG